ACGACGGGCCUCCUUCUCCGCGGAGCCCUCGGGGCCCGGGCCGCCUUCUCGCGGAGCUGCCGCGCCCCGCCCGCCGCGCCGCGGUGCGCCCGGGGUCCACUCGGACCGCCGAGCCCGCGCGGGGGCCCGGAGCUGGGAGGCGGGCGCCGGCCGCCGGGCCGAGGCCCGGGCCUCACCCGGGGUUCUGUUCUGCCCCUGUUCUGCAGGCUCGCUUGCGGCGACAUGGCUCAGAGGGCCUUCCCGAACCCUUAUGCCGAUUAUAACAAGUCCCUGGCCGAGGGCUACUUUGACUCUGCCGGGAGGCUGACUCCCGAGUUCUCACAACGCUUGAACAAUAAGAUUCGAGAGCUUCUUCAGCAAAUGGAGAGAGGCCUGAAGUCGGCAGACCCCCGGGACGGCACUGCCUACACGGGCUGGACAGGCAUUGCUGUGCUCUACCUGCAUCUCUACGACGUGUUCGGGGACCCCGGCUACCUGCAGAUGGCGCACAGCUACGUGAAGCAGAGUCUGAACUGCUUGAGCAAGCGCUCCAUCACCUUCCUCUGCGGGGACGCGGGCCCCCUGGCGGUGGCCGCAGUGGUGUACCACAAGAUGAGCAAUGAGAAGCAGGCAGAGGACUGCAUCACCCGGCUGAUUCACCUAAAUAAGAUUGAUCCCCACGCUCCAAAUGAAAUGCUCUAUGGACGGAUGGGCUACAUCUAUGCGCUUCUCUUUGUGAACAAGAACUUUGGAGUGGAAAAGAUUCCUCAAAGCCAUAUUCAGCAGAUUUGUGAAACAGUCUUAACCUCUGGAGAAAACCUAGCUAGAAAGAGAAACUUCACAGCGAAGACUCCGCUGAUGUACGAAUGGUACCAGGAGUACUACGUGGGGGCUGCCCACGGCCUGGCAGGGAUCUACUACUUCCUGAUGCAGCCCAGCCUUCAGGUGAGCCACGGGAAGUUACACAGUUUGGUGAAGCCCAGCGUGGAUUACGUCUGCCAGCUGAAAUUCCCGUCCGGCAACUACCCUCCGUGUGUGGACGAUACGCGAGAUCUGCUGGUCCACUGGUGCCACGGCUCCCCGGGGGUGAUCUACAUGCUCAUCCAGGCCUAUAAGGUGUUCAGAGAGGAGCAGUAUCUCAACGACGCUUAUCAGUGUGCCGACCUGAUCUGGCAGCACGGGCUGCUGAAGAAGGGCUACGGGCUGUGCCACGGCACCGCGGGCAACGCCUACGCCUUCCUGGCGCUGUUCAACCUCACGCAGGACGUGAAGUACCUGUACAGGGCCUGUAAGUUCGCUGAAUGGUGCCUGGAUUACGGAGAACACGGAUGCAGAACACCGGACACCCCCUUCUCCCUCUUUGAAGGAAUGGCUGGAACGAUAUACUUCCUGGCUGACCUGCUGGUGCCCGCGAAGGCCAGGUUCCCUGCGUUUGAGCUGUGAAAGGAACGCUUGCCCCUGCAGUCACUGCAUGACCCUGUCUGCAUAGCAAGCCUGGGCCAAGUGCUUCGUCGCUUUUCAAGGCAAUAGAGAGUCAAACUGUGCACUUGAUUUAGUGGGUUUCUUUUCAGAAUUUGUCUUUAGUUCAGUUCCUUUUCUUUGUCAUUUACUUUAAACAUAUCCAAGGAAAUCUUUUAACUUCAGUUUCUUCCUAGAAGGAGGUUGGAUGAUAUGUACAGUAUUUUGAGGGCAUAUGUGUAUAUAUUUCAGAACUUGGAGGAAAUCUUGUUCUUAUUUAAGCUUCUGAAUGUAACUGGCUGUUACUGCUCUAAAAAUGUUUAAAAGAAACUAAAUGUAGAUAAACAAAGAUAAAUAUAUGAUUAUUGUUGGACUUUGCCCUCCACCUCUGCUCUUUAGUAUUUUGUCUCAGACAGGACAGAUGGUUUUUAUGACCCUGCUUUUCUCUGGUGGUGGAUUAUGAGAGGGGACAAAAAUAUAACUAUAUGUUUCCAGGACAGAAAUUGCGAGAGCUGCAAACUGGGCAAGGGACCUAAAUACCGUUUUUCAAGUUCCCAAUGCUCAUUUAAACUAGAGAUAAACAUACUGGCAAAUUUGCCUCUUUUUGUUUAUAGAGAAUCCAGGCUCUAUAAGCCAGUAUUGUUAUCAAAACCUUCUAAAAUGCAAUGGUCGUUGUGAAAAUUCUGACUUGAAGGUUAGUUCAAGAUAAGCUAACAAAAAUAGAUUAUUGUUUUCUUUAAAAUAAGCCAGUGUAUUUUGGAACUAUUUACUUACAUUUGUUUGUUCUCUAGAAUUAGUAUAAGCUCCGGAACGAGUUUUCUGUGUGACUGUGUCGUGACCCGGGAUUGCGGUCCACACGUCCAACUGACCUUCUAAACUUUGACUAGUGUUUACUUACUGUGCAGUGACUCUGCUUUAGUGCUGGCUGUUUGGGACAAGCCAUAAGGUAUUUGCCUUCCCAUCAACCUGUCUGGACGUUGGUCUUUUCACUAAAUCGUACAGCGCUCUACUUCUGUUUACAAAGAGGGAGGGAGGGUGCUAGACAGCCAAUAGCUAGAACCGAAGCACUAAGCUUUUGAAUUUGUUUAGGGGGUGUUAUCCAGUGAUUGUGCUUAGAGCAAAUAGAGCCUGUCUCUGCGUAUCCUCGGCUUACCGCUCGUCCCUGUCUGAGCCCUCGGGUCGGGGUUGCAUGGUGGAUGAGGAAUCUCUGACGGAUGUUUUCACUCAUCGGCUCCCAUUCCACCUCCUUCCAUUUCUGCCUUUCCAGGCUUCUUUGGUAUUUUCUAUAUGUUUCGACUGAUUUUAGAACAUUUCGCAGCUUUAAAAAACAGUGUCUAAGCAGUUUAAAUGUGCCUACUUCACUGCUCUCUCAGUCACAAUAACAUGCUAUUUUUAUCUGAACUUUGAAACAAAUCCCCACUCAGUGUAUGUUGGUUCCUGCGGGUAGUGGUCCCCUAUUAUUUUCCAUUUAGCACCAAAAUAGCUAAUAUUAUUGGAAAUUGUCUGACCCUUUAAAGGCUACUGACAAUAGGAUCUGAGCAUCAGCACACUGCUCAGUCUCUACAUGAGCUUCCUGCUCUGUGACUUGUGCUUGUCAGGACAACCUCGUGCCUCUCAGGUUUCCCAUGUGCUGCCGGUGAGCCGCGUACAGGCUGUCCUUUGCCGUGGACAUUCAGAGCCACGGUGUCAGCGUUCACGGUGCAGCUCGUCUGCUGUGGGCUGGCUGUCCACCUUGAAAGAGUAAAGCCCGUUUGGUUUAGUUACAUGUCUGGCUCUACUGUACCUGUACUGUUAGCUGCUGUAGUUACUAACCAAGGGAAAAGGAGCAAAAACACACUCUUAGCCAGAGGAGGCUUGAUCACAGUGCUUCUCCAAACAUCUUGGUAAAUUUAGCCCCAGGAAGACUUCAGUGCAGGGAGGAGAACAUUUUGAAUAAGAUUCUUGCUAAUAUUUGGAUUGCAAUUGAGCUACUGUCAUCCAUUAACAAAUUUGUCAAUACAAACACAAUUCAAAUUUCAUGUUCUUUAGCUUUUUAGGACUUAUUAAAGUGGCAGAAUUUUAUAUUUGUGCCAUUGUUUGUUUUAUUGAUACUUAAGAGCUAAGAAAGUUUGAUGGGAUUUUAAACUCAGCCGAAGGCUGUGAAAUUAAGACCGUACCCUAACACCGUGGUGGAAACUGAAAGAACCUUUUACACCAGCUUUCUUAGUUUUACAAGGAAGAGGCAUCAUUUCAGUUCUAUUCCUGUUACAUCAUUUUUCCCUCAGAUAUUUUUCUUUUUGGUAAAAACUUUCCCAAAAGUUGCUUUCCAGAAAACUCAACAGUGUCUCUUAUCUCCAUUGCAAAGACUAGGUAGUAAAACCUCAAAAGCUUUUGAGGAGUGUUCAUUUGUCCUGUCGUGUGCUCCUGUUCCUUAGUGAUGAGAGUGGCAGUAGUUAACUUUUCAUCACGUAAAAACGUUAACAUCACCAGCACCUCCGUCCAUCCCACUGGGCUUUGGCCUCACCUGAGUUGUCCGUCUUUGACCCUGAGGGUCAUUUGGCCCCGUUUCCGUCUUUGAUGUCACUUCCAAUUAUUGGGCACCAGAAGCCUUCAUGGUGGGUGGAAUUCUAGGUAAAAAUGGAUCCAAGGCCGUUUUCUCUCCUUAUUACCGCCCGCCCACGGAACUGAAUCGAGAGACGUGCUCUGCCCCUGUGUCCUUGGGUUAACCUGUGUCUGAUCUCACGAUGCCCUGCCUCCUGCUCGCUGAUUCUGAAACACAAAAUGUGAAGAGUGAACAGUUAUCUGUCUGCCUUUGGCUGCUAGACCUCGUCUCUGGUCCUUUAUUGCUCACACUGAAUUCUGAUUCCACUUCUGCUUGCCCUGAAUAGAUCAAAGCGCCCAUUCCUGUGUUGCGAGGCUGUGGAAGAACCGUUUCUGUCAUGUAGAUAGAAAACAAGGUGCUGGGAAGAUUCAAGGAACCCACCCCCAGCUGUAUUGCCAUGUAUCGGAAAGGGCUGGGAUCGUGUGUACUAUGUUCUAUAAAGGAUUUGACUUGCUGGUUCUCAAUAAAAUGUUGUUGGGACUAUA